UUUAUAACUCACGCGUGACGGACACAACUAUUUGAAAGAGCCCAUCCUCUGUUGAGAUCUACAUCGCCCGCCCUUUCGAUCUCUAGCGCCAUGGCGUUGUGGACAUCUUAUUCCUUCCGAAUUCUGACGUUCGCUGCUACUCUUCUGCUUCUUCUUCAUGGUGCUCACUGCUUCUAUCUCCCUGGCGUCGCUCCGCAGGAUUUUCAGAAGGGAGAUACAUUGCAAGUCAAAGUGAACAAGUUGACAUCGACAAAGACUCAGCUGCCUUACUCAUAUUAUUCGCUCCCUUAUUGUAACCCUGGAAAAAUAGUUGAUAGUGCAGAAAAUCUUGGUGAAGUGCUUCGUGGUGACCGCAUUGAAAAUUCUCUAUACGUGUUCAAAAUGCGUGAGCCACAAAUGUGCAAUGUUGUGUGUAAGCUUAAACUUGAUGCCAAAACUGCAAAGGAGUUUAAAGAGAAGAUUGAUGAUGAGUACCGUGUGAACAUGAUCCUUGAUAACCUUCCUCUUGUUGUUCCUCUAAAGCGGAUGGAUCAGGAUUCUACUGUUUAUCAGCUUGGUUUCCAUGUUGGGCUUAAGGGGCAAUAUAGUGGGAGCAAAGAGCAGAAGUACUUUAUCCACAAUCAUUUGUCGUUUAUUGUCAAGUACCAUAAAGACGAUGUAACUGAAUCGGCCAGAAUUGUGGGUUUCGAGGUUAAGCCGUUCAGUGUUAAACAUGAAUACGAAGGGAAAUGGGAUGACAAGACCCGAUUGACAACAUGUGACCCUCAUACUAAACAUGCAGUUGUUAAUUCCAACGCUCCUCAAGAGGUUGAAGAGAAUAAUGAGAUAAUAUUCACGUAUGAUGUUGAGUUCCAGCCCAGUGACGUGAAGUGGGCUUCAAGAUGGGAUGCUUAUUUGCUGAUGAGUGAUGACCAGAUUCACUGGUUCUCAAUUGUAAACUCAUUGAUGAUUGUUCUCUUCCUCUCGGGCAUGGUGGCAAUGAUAAUGCUGCGGACACUUUACCGUGAUAUCUCGAAGUACAAUGAGCUUGAGACGCAAGAAGAAGCCCAAGAAGAGACUGGUUGGAAGCUUGUCCAUGGAGAUGUCUUUAGGCCCCCUAACAACUCGGACUUGCUGUGUGUUUAUGCUGGAACCGGCGUUCAGUUUUUCGGAAUGAUUCUAGUCACCAUGAUGUUUGCCAUCCUCGGGUUCCUUUCUCCUUCAAACCGAGGUGGGCUAAUGACAGCCAUGCUCUUGCUUUGGGUCUUCAUGGGACUUUUUGCUGGGUACUCCUCUGCCCGCUUAUAUAAAAUGUUUAAAGGAACCGAGUGGAAGAGAAUCGCCUUCCGGACUGCAGUCAUGUUUCCUGCAAUCGUCUCUUCCAUUUUCUUUGUACUAAAUGCUCUCAUAUGGGGCGAGAAAUCAUCUGGAGCUGUGCCUUUUGGUACUAUGUUUGCACUGAUCUUUUUAUGGUUUGGGAUCUCGGUUCCACUGGUUUUUGUGGGUGGCUAUGUUGGAUUCAAGAAGCCUGCAAUUGAGAAUCCCGUGAAGACUAACAAAAUCCCGAGGCAGAUCCCCGAGCAGGCCUGGUACAUGAACCCGGUUUUCUCAGUUCUGAUUGGGGGAAUACUCCCAUUUGGAGCUGUCUUCAUCGAGCUUUUCUUCAUCCUCACCUCAAUUUGGUUGAAUCAGUUCUAUUACAUCUUCGGUUUCCUCUUUUUGGUCUUCGUCAUCCUGGUCAUCACUUGUGCAGAGAUAACCAUCGUGCUCUGCUAUUUCCAGUUGUGCAGUGAGGAUUACUUGUGGUGGUGGCGGUCAUACCUCACGUCCGGCUCUUCUGCACUUUACCUAUUCCUUUACGCGGCAUUCUACUUCUUCACCAAGCUUGAAAUCACAAAGAUGGUAUCUGGAAUCUUGUACUUCGGGUACAUGCUUAUAGCUUCGUAUGCAUUUUUUGUGCUGACUGGUACCAUCGGAUUCUAUGCAUGCUUCUGGUUCACAAGGCUCAUCUACUCGUCGGUGAAAAUUGAUUAAGUGUUAUAGUAAUUAGUUGUUCAUUUUUUUUCCGAUACAAGUAAUUAGUAGUUCUUCUGAUUCAUCUUGUAUGCUUGUUGAAGGACGAAGAAAAUUUGUGCUAGGUUUUGAAAUUCGGGCAUUACAUGUCAUGUUCAGAUGUAACCUAUUCUAUACAAUUUUGAAUUGCAUGACACCGUGAUUCUUUCGUCUCAGUACAUUGAAUGAAA